UUAAUUAUUCACAAACAAGCCAAAAACAAAAUAAAAGAAAAAUGAUAAAAAUGGUGGUAAAAUUUGUGGUAGUGGUGAUGGUGUUUGCACAAAUCUUAGCUCCAAUUGCUGAAGCUGCUCAAGGAAGAGCUGUCUAUUACAACCCUCCCUACACUAGGUCUGCGUGUUAUGGAACACAACGUGAGACGAUGGUGGUUGGAGUCAGGAGUAAUCUGUACCAAGGAGGUCGAGCUUGUGGUCGGAGGUACAGGGUUCGAUGCAUUGGAGCUACAUACAACUUCCCUAGGGCAUGCACCGGUCGUACCGUUGACGUGAGGGUAGUUGAUUUCUGCCGCGAGCCUUGCAACGGUGACCUUAAUCUCUCUCGCGAUGCUUUCCGGGUUAUCGCUAAUACUGAUGCCGGUAACAUCCGCGUCGAGUACACACCGAUAUGAAAUUGAUAUUAGAUUAUAAGCAAAGAAAGGUGAGAGAUGUUUUCGUGGUACUAUUCCAAUAAAUCGAGUAUGGAACUGAUAGGUAUGCUGACUGAAUAUGUAUGGAUGGUCAUGGAUGGUCCUUUGUGCUGAGAACAUUGUACUUCAAAUUAAUAAGAAUGAAUCUCAAACUUGUUUCAUGAAUUGGGUGUAGCCAUAUUUCAAUAACACUUCACAUAAUUAAAUGGAUGUGACAGUUUUAUAUUA